AUGGGGUAUGCCCUACGUGGUUCCCUUGACAGAGUGAAUGUGUUAGGUGACUCGAGGAACGGCCACACAGGAUGUGUUAACGCACUGAGUUGGGCACAGGAUGGGGAAUUGUUGAUAACUGGUGGAGAUGAUACUACUAUACGAGUAUGGCGUAUGGACAUGACCACAAACUCGGAAAAGGAGUACCCUUUUGCUUGUCAGGCCGUCAUAAACACAGGGCACAAAGGCAAUAUCUUCAACGCGCAAAUCCUGCCUUUCUCAACCAGAAUAGCUUCUGUAGCAGCGGACAAGCAAGUUCGUGUUUUCGAUAUUGGCGAGAGUUUAGGUACAUCGUCAACAGGGAAAACGAAUUACAGUACUCGCGAAUCUUGUAUCCGGGUUCUUCGCUGCCAUUCAAAGCGCACCAAACGCAUUGUAACGGAAGAGAGUCCAGACCUGUUUCUUACCGUUGCUGAGGAUGGACAAGUGCGUCAACAUGAUCUGCGAACACCGCCACACUCUUGCACCUCAGGGGAACAAUGCCCUGCACCACUUGUCAAGCUUCCACACGCUUUGUCCACUAUCGCACUGUCUCCCUUGACCCCUUAUCAAUUUGUGGUCGGAGGUGAGUCUCCAUAUGCUUAUUUAUUCGAUAGGCGUCACACAGGUCGGUUUCUCCAGGAGGAAUGGGGUGUGUUGCCCCGUGCUGAAGACGUGACAACUUGUGUGAGACGGUUUGGAAGGCGAUCCAGGGCUCGGAAUGAAAGAAGAGGGACUGAGCAUAUAACGGGUGCGAAAAUGUCAGCAUGGAAUGGCCAUGAGGUACUUCUUUCGUAUAGCGCAGAUGCCGUUUAUUUGUACUCUACUAGGGACGAGCCUGUUGCGGAAAGGGAGAAAACACCAGCUAUGCUACCCUCGAAUACACAUAAAAGUAAACGAGAUGGAUCUUCAUCUGGAUCUAGUAGCCCAGCAGCUCAACACAUUCCGACGGCAAAUGCUGCGGAGGAGUUAGCAGCGAUAUUUUCAUCUGGGUCAGAAGACAUCAUCAUGGACGAUGACGAUGACGAUGACGAUGACGAUGAAGAUGAAGAAAACGAUGAGAUGGAACCUGAAGAAACUGAAGAGGAAAGGACAGUUUUUGAUUCCACGGCACAUAAGAGUGUGCCAGUCAUAUAUCCACGUUCACGCUUUGAGGGGCACUGUAACAUUGAAACAGUGAAGGAUGUUAAUUUCCUUGGACCAUACGAUGAAUACGUGGCUUCGGGCUCUGAUGAUGGCAAUUUCUUCAUCUGGCACAAAUCCGACGGAAAACUGGUUGAUAUACUCGAGGGAGAUGGCAGUGUGGUGAAUGUCAUAGAGGGACAUCCACACCUCCCACUCAUCGCUGUGAGCGGUAUUGAUACGACGAUCAAGCUUUUUGCACCUGUGCAUCCCACACAGAGGCUCGCAAAUCGACCUGCUGGCUUUACACAAUUCCUCAUAAGAUACGAUCGUGCUCUUCGGCUGCUUGCGGAACGAGGCGGUGACCAAGCUGAUGAAGAACUAGUAGCACAAUGCCCUAACCAAUAGCAGUCUUAAAUGGACUCGGAUUGAAGUUG